AAUCAAGCUAUUUACACGCAACUGAUAUCUAAAUAAUUCGGAACAAUGAGAACAUACGCAUGUGAUUUUACACAACACAAAAGUACACUUUCUUAAAUCAAAAUAAUUUCCUUAUAUUAGGGAAGUUGUUGCAUUAUACAAAUUCAGGAAUAGUUAUUUAAAAUUAUAUAUCAAAUGAAGUUAUUAGAUAUAUUUUAUGUGUGGCAAAAUAAAACUGUUCAAUGUAGGGCUGGAUUUCGUCUCCAUUUAAAGAUAAAGUAGCAGGUGCUGGAGGUCGUCUUCCUUACAUCAAGCAGACAUACAGGGAUCUGAAAAAACACAUAUAUAAAGCACCACAGGCAAUCAAUAUGGAGAUACUAAAGAAAUUGUCCCGGAAGAAGUUUAUACGAGCUGACUCUGUUCACGAAACGAAGCUAGCACGGUGUCUUAAUACUGUGGAUUUAACAGCUUUAGGUAUAGGGAGUACCUUGGGUGCAGGUAUCUAUGUUGUGGCUGGACAGGUUGCCAAGCAAACAUCCGGCCCCUCUGUGUUCAUCUCUUUCCUUAUUGCUGCAUUAGCCUCCAUUCUUGCAGGACUGUGUUAUGCCGAGUUCGGUGCACGCGUACCUAAAACAGGUUCAGCCUACGUAUACAGCUACGUCACUAUAGGAGAACUCAUGGCGUUUGUGAUUGGCUGGAAUCUCAUAUUGGAAUAUGUAAUUGGCACAGCAAGUGUGGCCAGAGCGUGGAGUUCGUAUUUUGACUCUCUCGUCCACAACAAAAUACAAAACUACCUUAAAGGCAAUGUUCCAAUGCAUAUUUCUGGUCUUUCACCCUACCCUGACUUUUUUGCACUUGGAAUAACCCUUCUUCUAACAGACGUCAAAAUUAUUACGUCAUAUAGCCUUAGACGGCAUAGCGGCACGCUGGAAAAGAAAUCAGCAGAAAUCAGGCACAUAUUUGAUGGAUUUCGUCAAGGACUAAUCCUAGCAGUGGGAGUGAAGGAGUCUUCCAGAUUCAACAACCUGUUUACAGCUGUCAAUCUGCUGGUAGUAACGUAUAUAGUGAUCUGUGGGGCAUUCAAGGCAGAUGUUAAUAACUGGGAAGUAGACCCAGAAAAGGUACCUGAAGUAAACUCUACAGUUAUUGGAGACGGUGGAUUUCUACCGUUUGGUUUCUCUGGUAUGUUGUCUGGGGCGGCUACAUGUUUCUAUGCCUUUAUUGGAUUUGAUGCAAUAGCAACAACAGGUGAAGAAGUAAAGAACCCCCAGAAAGCUAUACCUAUAAGUAUAGUAGUGUCUCUGCUGGCGUGUUUCUUUGCCUACUCUGGUAUAUCUGUUGUUAUAACACUGAUGUGUCCUUAUUACUUACUGGACGGGAAUGCACCAUUACCCGCUGUAUUUGAUAGAGUUGGUUGGCCUGUUGCCAGGUACAUCAUUGCUGUGGGUGCUGUCUGUGGAUUAUCAACAAGUCUCCUUGGUGCAAUGUUUCCACUUCCUCGUGUGAUCUACGCUAUAGCCAGUGAUGGGCUUAUCUUUAAAUUUCUGGCCAAAGUCAAUGACAGAUUUAAAACACCACUGAUUGCAACUUUAAUAUCUGGUGCCUUUGCAGGGAUAAUGGCGAUGUUGUUUGACCUGAAAGAGCUAGUUGACAUGAUGUCUAUAGGAACCCUGUUAGCUUACACUCUAGUCGCAGUGUCUGUACUUCUGUUGAGAUACAGGGUCCAUAAUAUAGGAGAAAUAGACGAGUCUAGAGACAGUUAUACACAAGUUGCUGAACAUCUAGAUCCUUCGGACGCUUUAAAUGACAGAAGACAGCUUUUAAAUGACUAUGGUGACCAGACCAUAUUUUCAACAGCUUUUAAUUUUAGAAAUGAAAACCCGUCCCCGAUUACUGAGAAAACAUCUGCAUAUGCUGUUUCUUUAUUUAGUCUUUUAACAGUUGGACUGUCGCUCUUUCUAAAGUUUGCAGAAGACGAUUUGUCGGCUCGUAAAGCCUGGGCGAUUGUCAUCACAUCUGUGUUUACUAUAAUAAUGCCACUUCUACUUAUCUCAAUGGCAUGUCAACCACAGAACAAAAGAAACGUUUCUUUUAAGGUGCCUUGGUUGCCGUUUUUACCGGGCAUAAGUAUUUUUGUGAAUAUUUUUCUUAUGCUUCGACUUCCAAAUGCGACUUGGAUAAGAUUUGCUGUCUGGAUGGCUAUAGGUUUCAUAGUCUACUUUUUCUAUGGAUUUAGAAACAGCAAUCAGGGGCUUAGGGAAUCUGAGACGGAUACUUUUCCUGAUUACGAAGUUAGAUGUGACAAUUCAAUCAAUGCUUCAGGGGAGCCCAGAAUACCAAAUAAUGAAUCAAACCCAUCCGAGACCUCGAGCUUGCUUCGUGCAGUAGUAUAGAUUAGUCUUCCUAUUGAGCAUGACCUGACAUUACAAAUAUGAUACAUCUUAACCCUUACCUUGCUAAAGUUCUAUAAUGAAAUAAAAACGUCUUGUCUAUCUUCCAAUUUGGACAGUACCAUUAACUGUUAAAAGGGGUGCUUACCAAAAUGAUACUGGCUGAAUAGUGAACAGCGCAAAUCAUGAUCAGACUGCACGGAUGUGCAGGCUGAUCAUGAUCUACACUGGUCGCAAAGGCAGAAUCAAUCAUGUCCAGCAUGGUAAGGGAUAAGGCUUUCGACAAUGUUUUAUAAAUAUUAUAUACAUGUUGUGAUAUGUGUUAUGGUACAGAUUCAAAAGAUAUAUACUGUAGCAUUCAAUGGGAAUAUAUACAUUCAACUAAUGGGAAUUUUUGACAAUUUGACAUAACUGAGAUUAAAAACAAAUUCAUGUUUAAGUAAGUGUGUUGCAUCUUUAUGAAGUUAACUGACAUUACUUGUUACAUGAACUUGUUUUACUUAUUUUUUGUGCACGUGUUAUUGUUCUUAAAUAUAAAUGUAAAUAAGCAAUAAAGUAUGAUUAAACGA